GUCACUGUGUUGUUGCUAUGGAGCUGGUAGACCCUACGAACGAUAAGCAAAAAACAGCAAAGUUAGCUUAGUUCGAGUGAUUUAUUAUUUCAAACAGUAGAAAUGUCUGCAGUGGAGCGUUUGAGACAUUUAAUCAACGAGCGACUAACCGCUGCUGCUGAAGAAAUAUUAGGAGUCUUUGCACAAACUGUUUCAGUGUAUGAGGAGGAGCUCAACCGUCAGCGCAGACUGCUGGAUGUCGUCUUGCAGCCGCAGAUAAAGCUGCACAGGACAGAGCUCCUACAGCAACAUGUCUGUAAGGAGGAGGGGGUUCUCGCUGACCAGCAGCUCUGUAACCAGGAGAGGACCUCCAGUCUGGACCAAGAGGACCCAGAACCUCCACAGAUUAAAGAGGAACAGGAGGAGGAGCUCUGCACCAGUCUGGAGGGAGAACAGCUGGUACUGAAGCAGGAGACUGAUUUCUUAAAGUCAAGUCCUAAUUACUUAAGUGAUCACAGUGACUGGACUCUAGUUUUGAGUUGUGAUCAAAGUGAAGCAGAGAAAGAGCCUCCAGACAACAUUUCAACUAAAAGGAUAAGAUCUGAAUCUGACAGAGAGAGCUGUAGAGUAUCUGAACCAACCACUGACCAUCAGCUCAUCUUUCACACCUCUUAUGGGGAAAAUAACCAAGAUCAUGAAAGUUACACCCAUGGAAAUGCAACAAAGCCAAAGAAAAAAUGUGAGGGCACCUCAACAUCAACUAGAAGCGUUAAACCAAAUAUAAUUAAGCAGCAGAAUGACAAACCUUUCAAGUGCAACAGCUGCAGUAAAGACUUUUAUUUGUAUACACAACUAGAAGUUCACCUGAGGACCCACACUGCUGAGAAGCCUUUCAGUUGCACAGUCUGUGGAAAGAGAUUCAGCCUGAAACGUUACCUCACGCAACACAUGAUAACCCACUCAGCUGAGAAGCCGUACGCUUGCAGCAGAUGUCGGAAGAGUUUCCGGCGUUCACAGCAUCUGCAAAUUCACAUGACACGUCACACAGAGAUCUCACAGUCAUCUGUCUGUAAUGAGGAGCUUCUCCCAGACCAGCAGCUCUGUAACCAGGAAAGGAACUCCAGUCUGGACCAAGAAGACCCAGAGCCUCUACAGAUUAAAGGGGAACAGGAGGAACUCUGCACCAGUCAGGAGGGAGAACAGCUUGUACUGAAGCAAGAGGAUGAUACAUUAAGGCCUUCUUGUGAGAGAAAUGACUAUACUGAAGAUCAGACUUUGCUUCUGAAUCUUGACAAAACUCAAAGUACAGAGGAGAAAGAGACUCUGACCAACAUCUCAGUUAUAGUAAUGAAAUCUGAAUCUGACAGAGAGGACUCAUCAGAACCAAACAGUGACCGCCAUCUUUGUCCCAACUCUGACACAGCUAAGAACCAAGACCACGAAAGAGGCAACCAUGAGAAUGCAAAUACUGAUACAAUACCAGAGAACAAACUCUUCAAAUGUCUCUUUUGCACUGAAGAGUUCCAUGAUUUCUUGAAGUUAAAGAUUCACUUAAGGACUCACACUGGUGAAAAGCGUUUCAAAUGCGACACUUGUGGGAAAGGAUUCACUCAGAAGGCUCUGCUUAGGAACCACAUAAUAACUCACACAGGGGCAAGGCCCUUUAUGUGCAAAGUUUGUGGAAAGGAGUUCAAUUGUCAGUCAAACCGCAUCAAUCAUAUGAAAACUCACUCUGAUGAAAAGCCGCACACCUGCUCCACCUGCGGGAAAAGCUUCAGCCGCCCCGCAGACCUGAGGAGGCACAACCGAACUCACACAGGCGAGAAGCCGUACAGUUGUGUCCAUUGCGGGAAGGAGUUUUCUUACCACUCGUCUCUCACGAAUCAUGUCCGAGUGCACACGGGGGAGAAGCCUUAUAAAUGUAUUUGGUGUGGGAAAAGAUUUGCUAUCAGCAAAACGUUGAAAAUACACACCAGAGUCCAUACAGGGGAAAAGCCGUAUAAAUGCAACACUUGUGGGAAGACUUUUGCUCAUAACACAGGACUGACGUUACACAAUAGGAUACAUGCAAGGGAAAAACAACAAAGUUGAAAUUUCCUUUCAGACUACAGUAAGAGUUGGGAACGAUCCGAUCCGAUAUCGGUAUCGGGUGCCAAUACUAACAUAAUUCAAUCAGCGGAUAUUGGAUUGAUGUUACUGAUCCAUGUACCAAUCCAGAUCGCAUAGUCUGAUGUUUUGGCUGGCCGGGAGAGAAGCAGAGCUCAUGGACACUGUGACAGAGCACUGUAGAAAAGACUUGGUGUGGAAGGAACACAACCUAAGAAUGAAGGGAAGUCGCCAGCCCACGGCCUGGUCGUCAAUUUAGGAGAGCGUAAAAACCGGGAGAAGAGCUGACACCCCGCAAGAGCUCAGAGGAGAUGAGCUCAGCACACACGCCACACUGCACUCGCAGGCUGCUGCAGGAUAGAGGGACACGCUUUGUGGGAAAGUGGAGGGAUGAUUGUGCACUUCACCUCUCCUCCAGUUAAAUCCCGCUUUCAUUGUUGCUUUUGAACUAUUGAACGUGAGGAGGUGGCACGGGUCCAUAAAGUAACUCCAAAGGCACCAGAGAAAUUGAGAGAAGCUAUAUACUGAAUAGGAAAAAGCCUUUUUUUGUGUUUGUUAUUUCCUUCUGCUUUUUGUUUGAUACAUUUUAUUUAUUUGCAUGGAUAUUUGGUUUGUUUUGGUUGCAGUGUAUUUAGUUAACAAAUUACUGGCUCACCCCUUUUAGCUAAUAUAGCUGGACUAUUCUACCUUACACCAUCUGACCUUUUGAAGCAGUAGAGGACUGAGACAGAUAAGUCUGUUGAUUGUUUUCACCCUCUGUAUUCGCCAGUUGGAGACGGUGCGAGGCCGCCAGGGACUGGAGACCACCCGCAUGCUGCCCUCAGAUGGAUUGGACACUAGACUAUUUUUAUUUACUUUAGUGAUGUUUUAUUAAUUCUUAGAGACCUAGACUUUUAACCUGUGUUUUAAAUCUGUCCUUAGCUUGUGUUUUAGCUUAUAAUAAAUUCAUUUGUUUUUAACCUCAAUUUCUGCCUGAAUGCUGUUUUGGGUCAGCACAACUCUCCAGUACAAAUUACUGGAUUUUUCUUUAAAGUAACACUCCACAUGCAUAGCAAAUUUUGCUUUGGUAUGCAUUUAAAUUUAAUGCAUUUUUGUAUAUGUUUUGCUCUUUUAAUAGGUGCUGUGUGGUUUACUACAACCUCAUAUAACCUUACACAUAAUACCAACAACAACAAUAAUAAUGAUAAUAAUAAUAUUCAAGAAAAAAGAGCUCUGGUAUCGGUAUCAGCAUAUAUUGAAAUUCAGGUAUUGAAAUCAGAAUUGAUCAGAAAUCAGUAAAUGAACUGAAAAAAAGUGAAUUGGUGCAUCUCUAACUACAGGGAGAGCUUGAAGUGUACACACUCCACCUGAUACACUGUUAAUAUCUGUUAAUCCGUAUGGUCUUGAGGUCUAAUUUAAAUCAAAUUAAUUAGCUUUUUUAUCUUUGCGUUUAAGUUUUGCUUACUUCAAAAUGCCUGUUCUUAUUGAAUGAGCUUUUGGGAUAUACUUAGUAUUUUUCAUCUUAUUGAAUACCACAUUUAUUUACAAUACAAGCCUGAUGAUAAUAGCAUAUUUUCAAGCAUGAGCCACACAACAAUAAGUACAUAGAAUUAUAGCCAGUGUUUAAUUUGGUCAAAAAUUCCCUUUCAUUGCCUAUGGACACUCGAUCUUAAACAUUUACCAACAAGAACCUUUAAAAAAAACUUUAAAAACUGUAAGCUGUUUGCUAUAGAGGCCCCGAGAGGCAAGUGAAAAAAAAAACUCUGGUGAUCCAUUUUCAAAGUCUGAUCUAAAUUGUUUUCUCCCCCUUGUUUUGCCAGAGUUCUUUUUUGUUCAUCUGUGAAACGGAUGGGAAAAAAAGUUUUGCCAGGUGAUUUUUUUUUUUGUCAGGAUCAUUUUU